CAGGUUGUGAAAGGAAUUUUUUAACUCUUAAAUGGAUGAUAGGUGAUUAUAGAACAAGAUUAGAUGUUCAAAAAUUAGAAAAAGUAGCAAAUGAUUGUUCAAUUGGUAAUAUAGUAAAUUUAAAUGAUUUAAAUGAAGAAGAAUCAUCAAAUGAUUUUAAUAAUAAUAAUUCUGAAUUAACUGAUGAUAAAUUAGUUUUAGAAGAAAUUAUAGAUUUUUCAAUAUCAAUUUUUGAUGAUGAAAAUAUUAAUUUUGAAAACAAUACAAAUAAUAUAAAUUCAGCUAAUUUUGAUUAUAAUCCAGAAGAAUUA